AGUCUGUCUGUCUGUUCAAAAUCCAAGAUGGCCGCUUGAGUGAAGAAUUUACUCAUCUCAUAGAAAACUAAUCCAACAGCUAGCUUUCCUACAACUUUAACCGCCCUGUCAGCGAGCAACACGCCGACUCCGGCGAUGUUUAUCCCCCCGCUGAAACAGAAGACAAGAGUAACUGCAGAGGACGACGUCGGAGUGAUGGAAUAAAAACAUAACCGGUGAGAAAUGUAGAAACUAACCAGGUUACCCCACAGUUAGCUUAGCAUUAGCAUGCUAACGCGUCUGAUAUUAACUAACAGGUCAACGGUUACUUCACCUGUUUAAAUCACACUAACGUACAGGUGACUAACGUACAGUGGCUCAUGUAACAGCCUUAGAUAGUUUGCUUAAACUAACUUUAUGAUUAAUUCUUGAGCUAAUUGCUAAGUGUGUUUGUUAUGGCCGUUUUGAAGCAUCGUUGCUGUUUAAAGGUGAAUAAACCGGUAAGGUAAUUUUAUUAAGGUUUAAAACAAUGUCUGUUUUCAGUGUCAGGUCGAUUAUAGCUGCUGUUUUCGGUGUAUUUAUGCUUGUGAAGUGUGAUAGAAGCCACACAAUGUUACUAUUAGUGCAAAGAUUUGAGUUAUGAUUGCACUGAAAACAAUUUAUUACCUAAGUUAUGGCUUGACAUAGUGCAGAGUCGAUUUAUUACUUAGGGCCUGACAGAUAGUUUGACGUAAAUUCGCCUGAAUUGCAUAUUCCUAGCGUGUUUGUGUCUAAUUUGAACAAAAGCCACCCCACAGUGGUCAGAUAGUCACACUUUUUCAUGUCUUUUUUCCUAAAUAAUAAUAUCCAUCUGACAGAUUGUAUUACAGACCAACAUCUAAGAUUACUUAUAGACAAAUUUAUCACAAAACUGAACAAAAGCAUGACUAAAACUAUCAAAUAACUCUGUUUACUUAAAAAGAAACUAUUGACCUCUGGCAGUCCUACAUUGACCAUCACACACACCUUCACAGGUGAAGAAGGAGGGCCUCACAAUAUCAGGCAGGUGGCUGUAAUACAAUUGUUCUGUGUUUGUCCAGAAUUUCAGGAACAAGUUAAAAACCAUCAUCAGAUCGUAACCACAAAAAUAAAUGGUUACAGACUGUGUGUAACAAAUACCUCAUCAUUGUCGCAUAUCAGUCAAACAGCAACAUCAACAAGGUAGAUAGGCCAAAGGUGAGGUAAGUUUUAUACUGUCACCACCAGAGGGAGAAGCUAAGACCUCUUCUGUAAACCAUGAUGUAUGAAAGAUGACAACUCAGUCAUAAUAACAUUAGUUGUAUUGAUACAACACCUUUAAAAAUAAGGGUGUACAAGUGCUUUGGCAUGCAACAAACGAACAAACUCGACAACAGAAUAAAAUCCCAACCACACAAUAACUGCAACCUAACAGCUGAACAACCCAGAGCAACCAUGAACAUCAUUAGCCACACAUUGAUCCAACAGUAUAGGAGAUAAGAGCCCAUCAGCACAAGAACCAAACAGUAUGGACUCAGACCAAGAGGACCAACUAAGAGGAGUAAGAGAGGAGGGAGAUUGAAAAAGUAAAAUGAAAUAAAAUAAAUCAGUUUAGAGUAAAAAAAAAAAAAACUGAGGCAGAUAAAAAGAAGUAGAUGAAGCAGUAGAUAGAGAUGACGCACUCAGAAAUGCAUUGAGUAAAUAAGUAAAAAAGGGAAGUAAAAAUCUAUGAAAACAUUAAAGUAAUCCAAAUAUAACCGAAUCAAUAAUGAGAGAAAUACAACCGAGCAGAUGAAUCCCAGUAAUAACAAGGAGUUUUAGAAAAAGCACUUUACAUGAGGGAAGAGCAAUCAGAAGAAGUUAACUGAGACUGUAAGGUAAAUAAACUGUUAGGAGCGUUGACAGAAACAGGAUAAAAUGAUAACAGCAACCAGAGGACAACGUCACACAAAAGUCACACAAAAGUCACACAAAAGUCAGUUUAUUAAAGAAGUGUCUGAAAGGUGCAACUGAUUCUGCGAGCCUGAUCUCCUCAGGCAGGUCGGUGCAAAGUCGAGGGGCCCUAAUGGAAAAGGCUCUGUCACCUUUUAAAGUGCUAAAUAAAAAGUCCCAGACCUGGAAGAAGUGGACAGAGGCGCAGAGCAAACCGGUUAUGUCAGGAAUACUUCUGGUAUAAGAUCAAGCCAUGACUUUGUUUCUGCUGGGGAGAGCAUCUCCAGUCUGGAAAUAAUAGAUAAAUAUCAGGCUGCAAGGAAGGAUUAUGGGUCAUAUAGACUGGAAUAUUAACUGCUUAUAUAAUCAUGAAUUUGUCCUUUUUUUGCAGCAAAGGUUUGAAUAUUUUCUACAUGUAAACUUGUAAAUAACUUUUCCAUAUAGUUUUUGUUGUUUUUGUGUCAUCUCUUCCUCAAUAUUGACUGUGUGUCUCUAAAGCUGCAGGCUAAAGGAAGGCUGUGCUUAGUCAGUUUUGAGGUGUAAUUUUCCUACUUUAGAUGAGAUGUCUGAAUUUGGAGAAAAUUACAGGAAGAACUUUACACUUAUUUUGAUAUAGAAUGUGCGAAUUAAAUGAUUAUUUCUGUGUAUUUUACUUAUAAGGGUAAAAAUGUGAAUGACUGUGUCCUAUCCUCCUCCACCCAUAGCCACAGUGUGUUGGUUUGACGGCUGUCUGAAGUUCAGAAAGUUCCUCCAUAACUUCUUUUUCUUGCUACCCGAGCUCAGAUGAAAUGGAAUCAUGUUUUAUGAGACCGGAGAUGAAUUUAUUCAUUUUUAAAUAAAUAGAAAUAUCAGAUGACCUGAAGGGAGUGCAUGUUUUGCUUUGAUGAUUAACUCAAGGAUGUGUUUUUAAUAGAAAGGACUUCCUCAUUCCUGUCUCUAUUUAGCUCACAUGGUUUCAGGAGGACAAAGAGAGUAACUGGGUUAAGAGGUAGAUAGGAAUAACUUUGGAGGCCUGUGUUUAUGUCGAGGUAAAACCAGAUGAUUAGGUUCAGUUUUUGUGGGGUUUGCCCUCAUCCUGCUGUGUGGUUAUUCACUCUUUUGUAUCUGAGUAAAAAUCUGCGUCACUUUUCUUCAAAUUCACAGAGACUAAAAGUCACUUCAUGCAGUCGUUUUAUUUUACACAGAAACAGUCGAACAAAACUUUAAUUCCACAUGUUAUUUUUGGAGAAGACGGUGUUAUGUAACAGCUCCUCACACUCCUUUUUAUCCGUAAACUUAUUUAUAGAAAUACGUUAGUUAUUUUUAACUAUACUGGAGAUAUUCGGCCCACUUUUACUCAGUCAUAUCAGCCCAUUAUUUUAUAUUUUAUUCUCAGAGGAUGAGAAACAAAAACACACAUUUGAAUAUUUCUGUCUUCAGUUUGCUCAGCCACAGAGCUGCAGGCGUGUUAAACUUCACUGUGUGACAUGGAGAGUGAAAGUCAGACAGUUAUCUUAGGAGGUUUUUAGACCUUAACUGCGAAAAAACCCUCAAACCUUUUACUAGGAAGUAAUAGACAUAGUUUUGUAGAUUACACAGGAUUAAACGAGGGCAGGCUUCACAUUUAAAAAGGAAAUACAGUCUGAGUUUGAACUACAGCUGCCUCACUGGACUGAAAAGUUUGCAUGUUAUCUGAAAAAGAAAUCAUAUGGUGGGACCUAAUGUGUUUGCAGUGAAACUGGUUUGUGUGGAGGAGAAACUGGUGAAAAUUCCUGUUUGAUGCUGGUUGUUUACUGAACUCCAAACCAGACGUGUUUAUUCAUCCAAGCUUUUAAAUUUAAGACAACAUGAAUAUUUGACUGUGAGGAGACUCUGGUUGUCUCACACAGCUUAUUUAAAAUAAAAAAAAAAACAGACUUUAUGUCACUUUUCAUGUUGUUUUCUGGUGACAUACAUUUACAGGAGGGAUUGAUAUACCACAGGGAUGACCUAAGAAAACAGGAUAUGUUUGACGCCGAAUAAGGUCUUUAGUGUAUUUUUUAAUUAGUUAUUGUUUCACAGUUUGACAAGUUUAAGAUGAGUACAGUUAUUAUUAUAAAUUAUUUUAUUAUUUUAUUUUAUGUAAAUUUGCUGUCAGCUAUCAGGAUUUAACUGUGAGAAAAAAAAAGAGUGUGUAUGUAGUCAGAGUCCGUCUGCACCUUGUAAACACUAGUGCAGGUUUAAGGUGUGGUUUGGAGAUGAUAGUUUUGUGAUUUUUAGAUCUGAUUGUUUGGUGUCACAGAAAAGCUGCUCUCAUGAUUGACGUCUUCAGCAUCUGCGGCUCACAGACAGGAUUGACUCUGGAGGGUUUUUAAUGCACUGUGUUUAUUUUCAUGUGUGUGAAGUUUUCUUAUGUUUGACUUUGUGUUGUUGUUUAUUCUGCUGCUCAGAGAACGAGGAAACGUGAACGUCACAGCGGGUUAAUGUGUCGAGAAAUGACCUAGAUUCUUUCUCUUAAGGAGAUCUUUAUGCAACAGCCAAAACAGACCAGGUAUUGACAGGUAUUGGUUUUUUUUUUUCUUUCUCUGUAAACGCAGGAAGUGUCGGGGGUUGAAGGCCCUUUGUUUUGGCCCAGCAUGGACAGCUUCUUCAAGGCAGCUGUGUGUGAUCUGGACAAACUGCUGGAUGACUUUGAGCUCAACACAGGUAAGAAGAGGAGCCGCACAGACGGGAUGAUUAUUUACGUCUCUGAAUAAUCUGCCUGAUGUUUUAUUGAGCAAAGAUCUGUUGUAGUAGUUAGAUUUUUUGUGUGUGCUGAAAACUAAACCAUGUAUUUGGACCAAGUCCCGUGGAUGUAAAAGAGAAACAAACAAUGAGACCAGUUGGGAACCACACUAAAGAUUUAUACAGAGGAAUUCAGCCUUUUUUAAGGAGAAUAAGUUCAGUUUCUUUGCAUCUUUUGAAGUCAGAGUUUAUAUAAAUAACCUAAAAAACAGAAAAAAUACAGAAAACUUACAACAAAGAGAAGCUGAACAGUUUCCUACUUUGUUAGAAAAAGUUGGUUUUGUGAUGUUGGAUACAGUUAAAGAAGAUUCAUGAGUAUUUCUGUUUGCAUGUCAGCUUUGCAGCGUCAGUUUGCUAACCUGAUGUCUUACUGAUGUUUGUUUUAUUCGGUAUCAUAGUUAAUGUUCAUCAAACAACAGGCUUAAAAGAAAAAUACACAAUACAAACAGUCUGUCUACAGAAUUAAGUAACAGACCUUUAAGCCUUAUGUACAGAUGGAUUGAUUAAUCUAUGAAAUUAUUGGCUUCUGAUAAUACCUACAAUUAUGAGCUCCUGAAAUCUGCAGACACUUCAGGCAGUCUCGAUGAAGUGGAGGCAUCAUUUUCACCUAAACGAGGAGUUUUUCUAUCCUAAAAGAUCUCAACUCACUUCAAACAGUUACAGACAAAUGCUGAGUGUAUAUUCUACAAUCAUGAUCAGGAUAAUGUGAUUAAAUAUUAUCUCUGUUGUAAAUAUGUUGUUGUGUUCUGAAAGUACAUCAUUAGCCAAGUGUGAUUUUCUGUCUUUAACACGUUUCUAGAUUCUAGAUUAUGAUGUUUGUUAGAUUAACCCCCAAUUUUCACUGCAUCCGGAACGGCUCCAAUCCAGAACGGCAGCGUUUUUUGCCAUCCACCAAAGAUCCGUUUGUGAGGCGAAUUUCGUUGCAGGUUACAGACGGUGGGAAUCGAAAGAACUCACAAGAACCUGCAGAUUCACAUGCAAUCACGUGAUAAUGAGUUAUCUCUAUAAAGAGAGCCACAUAGACAUGUAAGCAGUAGAUUGUGUCCUUCCAGAGGGGGAAAUUUACUUCUAGACUUCUAGAAUCAGCAUCUCCUCAUCCAUGGUGUCAUCGGGGUGAAAUGACAUCUAAAAACCAUUUACUUGUUCGUCUCCGCCCAUUUGCACGGUGUGAAAUAUGAUUCCCUUCUUCUUGAAAAGAAGCUGGAUGUUUUAUUUUGUGACUGUGCCCGACUUCCUUUCCAGCACGGGUUAAUCUGUGCUGAAUUUAUCCACCAUGCUCCUGCGUCCCAAAAAAAUAUAGAAGUCUUGCAAUCAGCUGCGUAGUCCGGCGAUCUGCAGCGAAACGGAAAGAAGCUGGUGGAAAUUGACACAUUAACUUGAAGGAUUGCGAUCAGCUGCGGCCAGUGGAUACGGCCUUAUCGUAGCCGUUCCGGAUGCGGUGGAAAUUGGGGGUCAUAUGUGUACUGAAUAAUGACUGUUUUUAUCAUUUGUUUGUUAACAACAACAACAACGUGAUGUUGGCAUUUUUAUCAGUCAUCAGCUGAUCUGAGAUGAAAUCACCAGCAUCGGUAUCAGCUGUUAAAAUACUGAUCAGCCACUUGUCAUUUGGUGUGUUUAGUCCAUGUGUGUAAAUACAAAAUGCUGUGUAUAUGUAUGGUAUUGAUAAUAAAUUAAUUUACUUAUAUUUAUACAAACUGAGUAAUCUUGUUCUGCCCACUUCUUUUGUUCAUGAAUCAUGUUGGAAAUCCAGAGGAGUCGUAAAAGUCAGCUCAGGUGAAAUCAGCCGUUGUUUGGUAUCAAAGUUAAACUCUUGUUUCUUGUUUUCUGUGUUUCAGAGGAGCUGGACUGUAAGUCUGUUUUCCUGAAGCCAUCUGUCUACCCCUUCUCCUCUCUGGGAUCUCAGUGUUUGUCCUCCGAGGCGUCCACCGUCCCACCAAACCUCCCUGACCUCAACUCUCUCCAUUAUGGUUCUGCCACCAGCUGUCCCGACCGCUCCAACUCUCAGAGCCGCAGCCCCGAUGACAGAGAUGUCAAAGGUCAGCCUCUCACCACAGUGGACCUUCUCUCCUCUGUGGACCGCAGGACAACUAAGAGCUCCACCCCUCCAUGCCCGGACAGAGCGCUGAAGCCGGUGUGCGACCUGGUGAACGACACCAGCUCGGCCAUCCUGGUGCGGGCGAACAGCCACGAUGCUUUCAGCGAGCUGGAUGUGGUGGAGAAGCAGAUGGAGGAGGAGGAGGCGCUGCUGGUGGACUUCGACAGCCCUGUGGUGACGGCACAUGGAGAGGAACGGGGACAGCCAGGCGGCGAAUGUAGAGACUUAAAGGAGGAGCAACCUUCGGCAGAGAGAAACGAGCUGCAGAGUGGGAGUUACUCUGCCACGCUCAGCCUGCUGGACGUUAUUCUUCCUGCUGCGGUGGAGAGGAGCUGUGAGUCUGCAGAUGAUUCACCAUCAGCUGACAAACAGGAGAGGAACUGUGAGGAGGAGGAGGUGGUGGCGAUCAUAAACCAGGCAGCAGAAAACUCCUCAGACUGUGAAUCAAAGGACUCUCUGCUCGUUGAAAGCAGUAAAGAAACAACAAAAACCUCAGAAACAAAGGAGGAAGAGUCACCUGAAGCCUCUGACAAAGCUGAGGCGGAGUCUUCAGCAGGAGGAGCCUCAGAGAGUGAACAGAUGGGUCUGUCCUGCCUCCCUAUCGCUGUGUCCAUGUGUGGGGCUUUGGUGCAGGCGGAGGAGGAGUUAGGGUCAGCUACAGAGCCGUGUGAUGAGGUGGAGAGCACAGAGGCUGACUCUCUAUCAGCUCUGGAAGCUCAGGAGGUCCGAGCCCGUCUGGAGGAACCUGUGGACUCUGUAUCUCAGCAGCUUUUAGAUGGGAGAGCAUCACCAGAGGGGCAGCAUCUCCCUCCAGAGCCUGCUCACCCUGCAGACCUCGCCUCCUGCGAUCGCUCUGAGCCCAGCCCUGUCGACCCUCCAGAGUUUGGCUUUGAGUAUCUGCCCGAGAGCGACCAGGCGGAGCUGCUGGUGACCGACGAGGAGCUGGAUGCGUUUCUGCAGGCGCACACAGAAGCAGAGCAGAGCCAAGGUGGGGGAGGAGGUGUCUCCUGUUGCAGCAGUUCUGGGGAUUUUACUCAACCUGAGAGCCAAAAUGGAGAUCUGGAGGAGCUGAGAUGUUGUGGGCAGGAGGAUCUGGAGGGUUUUGCUUCUCCAGAAAGUGACAGAACGAUGUGUGUGACUGUAGAGGGAAGUUUAAACCCCGGUGCUCCAUCACAACCUCAAAACUCUCACAGUCCUCCUCAAGAAGAGCUCUCCUCUCGGAUAAACCAUUCACCAACCAGCAACGCUCUCCUGCCCCAGUUCAGCGCUAGUCCUGAGCAGCAGCCCUCCUAUGGAGGAGCCAGACCCAAACAGCUACACUGCCAAACCGCUCGUUCUCCACCAGCAGGAGAAGACAAAGAGGAAGAGACGAUAGGUGAGUCCACAAAACAGCCAGCAGAGGAAGAAGAGAGCUCGCCCAGUCUGACAGAGGAGCACCCCAACAUCAGGGACUUGAGCCCCAUGUACACCAACCAGGAGCCUCAGGAUUACAGCGUGGGGUAUGAUGAGCUCUCAGAGCCUCCGCCGUACCCCGGAGAGUCACCCACAGACGGUGUCAGGCCAGUGAACUGGAAGAGAGAGGGGGGAGAGGAGCUGGGGAGCAAACAGCCCGCUUGGGUGCCGGACGCUGAAGCUCCAAACUGCAUGAACUGCUACCAGAGGUUCACCUUCACCAAGAGGAGGCAUCACUGUCGAGCCUGCGGGAAGGUAGGACCAGUCUGAUGUUUAUGGACAAGCCCAACAUGAUCACUGUGAGCAUAAAUAAAACUGUUAAUGCUGCAGAUGUUAUUUGGUGAAAGACAUGGAUUGAACUUUAAAAAGGACAGCCCUCAGUCGUUCCGUCGUUUCCCACUUGUAAUCUGAUAAUCUGGGACACACAGUGCAGCAGGAGCCUCAUUGGUCUACAGACCUGUCAAUCGUGUCACAUAGUGUUGGGCGGUAUGAACAAAAUCUUCUGUCACGGUAACGGUAUAUAUCAUGGUAUGUUUCCCCCUGCAAAAUUCAAUUAAUGGCUUAAAAAUAACCAUACUGUCGCAUUUGUUCAUUUUCCUUUUAUUUUUAAACUUGGAUCUGUAAACAAAUGCAAACGAAAUGUCAGACCAGUCUGGUGAUUUUUUUAUCAUGUAGCGUACCUUUGGCGAAAGACUCUUGGCGUGUUUCAUUUCACCUAAAGAGGUGGUGGAAGAGGUUUCUGGUGUUUCCUCCUUCAGCAAUGACAGCAGCACGACACUCUUUGCAUAGUAUUGUUGUUUGAUCAUUGACGGAUUUUCUAAAUCUGAAGAAUCUCCUGACAACCAAUGUCGCGACUCACGCCCUUUUUCGGAACGAGUUCCUCCUCCUCUUCCUCAUGCUGGGUGGGUCGGGCUGCCUAGGUUUGCUCGCUACUUCCACUAGUCUCUGUGUCCGCCAUGACCACCACCAGUCAGGCUGUUUCUUCUUUGAAACUAUGCCAUGCAGUCUGCUGGACACGCUGGUGAUUAUAGGGAGCACACCCAAACCUGACCAAUCAAAUGGAGCGAACAAACUCCACAUGACACGCUGUUGAAAAUAAGGUAAUGCACCCGAACGGAUGCGCUCCCGCUUUCAAGUUAGAGAGCGCAGACGACUACACACUGACUCAGAGAGAUGCAGCAGACAUCUGCUCUCUCUCUCCAGUACAAACGGUAUCAGAAAAUUUCUACUGGUAGACACUUGUAUACCGUCACAUAGUAUAUACAGUCACACCGCCCAACACUGAUGUCACAUCCCUUUUAAUUUGCAUCAAAUUUAUAAUAUAUUUAAUUUAAUGUUCCAUAGGCCUGUCGCGAUAAUCAAUAAAUCGCCUUAUCGCUCGGUAAAUGAAAACGAGGUCGUCAUUUUGCCAGCCUCGAUAAUUGACAUGCGUUUGUUUUCCUCCUCUGUCGCUACCAAACACGCUGGAUGAGAGAAGAGGUCUCACUCUGCGCAUUUUUCUCGGCACCUGGGGGCGUUGGCUCUAUAGCGGAAUGAACGGAGUUAGUGAACCCUCCUGUCAGUCAUUCAGUGUCUUUGUCAUGAGGGGGCUGGCGCGCACAGGCACACAGACACAGACUUUUGGAUACAGUUCUACAAGUGAGCGUCGUGAGUAAAAAGCAAGCAAACAGAAUGAACACGACAGCUUUGGUGUCUAAACCGAACGCAACAGCCCAAGUGUGGGAAUAUUUCGGCUUUAAACCAGUAUUGUUUUCGUCAACCACAAAACUCCACGUGUGUGUGCGCGCGUGUGUGUGUCUGUGUUGGAGGAGCACAGCAGGCUGAUGAGAGCUGUCAGAGCGGACUGAAGCUGCUCCUGUAUGUUUAGCGUUUAACUGACUGAGUUUUGCAACUCUGUUCGUCAUUUUCGUCUCGUCCCAUCAACGUAAACGCACUUUCGUCUCGUCACAUUUUAGUCAUCUCCGACUUAUGUUUAGCUUGUCAACGUUACGUCUUCGUUGUGGGUGAAAUUAAAGUUUAUCACUUUUGACACGGUGUACUCGCAUUAUUAUGCCAUUUAAUAUCAUUAUCUAUCAUUUAAAAAACGGUGUCAAUAAUAUCGUUUAUCGGCAAUAAUUUGUAGCACAAUUAUCGUCCAGCAAAAUUUGUUAUCGGGACAGGCCUAAUGUUCCAUCUGUUAAAAUGGAGGAGCUGGGCUUAUAAUUUCUAAAAAUCAUCAGGGUAGCUUUUAAGUUUUGGCUUCACUCAGGGAAGCUGUUGUGCCGUUCAUGUUUUCUGCAGUUUUGGGUGACAGACCUUAAGCACACCGUCUUCUCUGCAUCUAUUAUUUGAUUAUUUUUAUUAAUGUGAAGAGCCGCUUGUCUUCUAUUAACCCAAUAUCAAGUGCUCAGUUGGAUCAAAGUGAAAGUUCCCAUUGUGUCUGCCUGUUUCAUAAAUAGUUCAAUAAUACUGAUUACGUCCCGGCACCAGAUAUAGAGAGCAUGAGUCAGCACUUCUUUUUCCAGCUCCUCUAUAGAUCCCAGCUGAGCCGUGUGUCCUAAACAUGGAGCUAAGUCCCUGUAAGGCCAGUGAUUAAACCAGCAUUAGAGAGGACUGUUUGAACAUGUUAUUGUUCGCGGCACGACCACUUAACCCGCUUCUCAGACAAACAUGAUCCAGUAUACCGUUAACAGCUGCUUAUUUACUCUGCAUGCAGGUUUACUUUGCAUGUAUGUGGCUCUGUAGCUUUAUGUUGUCCUCUCUCCUCCGCGGCAGGUGUACUGCGCCGUGUGCUGCAACAGGAAGUCUAAACUGAAGUACCUGGAGAAGGAGGCUCGUGUGUGUGUCGUCUGCUUUGAUUCCAUAAACAGAGGUAAGACCCCCUUCAGUCUGAUCCCAGAUCUGUAUCACCUCCAUAUGUUUGUCAGCUAGGCUACAGGAGUGUUGUUUACAGGAAUGCAAAACUGUUGUUUUUACUCAAACCAUCAUAGAUAUGAGUGAAUAUUUAAUUUACUUUGUAUUUUUUAAAGGUAAAAACUUAAAAAACAUCCCUGUGAUUAUCUGUACCGAGUUCCCAGUAAACGUGUCGAUCUUUGCAGACCGAGUUUGUCUUAUUCUGAAGUUUUUUUUACUUGCUUUAAGAAGUAGAAGUUGUUUGGAAGUUGCAGACCAGUUGAGCAAGUUUUCCAGUUUGUUUAUAAAACUUGAGGAGCUUGAUUGGAUAACUUUUCUCUGCAGGAAGACUAAAGUUACCCUGAAUAUGCUGCACUGAAUAUGUUUUAUAUAAAGAAAGUAUGUGUGUAAUUCAAAAAGUGUUUGUACUAUGAAGUUCUAGGUGUUAUGACAGAGGUAAACAGUUCAUAAUGUUGGGGUUUUUUGAGCCACAAGGGAUUAUUGCUGCACAAUUUAUUGUAGUUGAGAUGUUGUCUUAGCAGGAUGUGCAGUGUCAUUCCAAUGAGCUGCAACGUAUCAUUCUCUUACAACUUCUGCAUUUUUGAGGAUUAAUUUCUGAUAAAAGUCAGAGUAGAAUUACACACAGUAAAAUGGAGAAGUUUAGGUGGUGUCACAUGACUGUAGAAGAACGUAAGCAUGCACAUGACCCUGCUAACAGAUCCAACAGACUCAGCAGGAUGUUUACGCCUCAUCCUGGAAAGAGUUGCACACACAGUGCCCGGCAUGAGUCAGUAUUAAAAGUCUCUAUUAAGAAUAAUGUAUUACUCAAUAUUUAGAUGAGCAAAAGUACAAUUUCCAAAGUUUUGACAAAACUGAGUUUAACAUAACAUUUUAUUUACCGUAUGAUGGAAAUAAGGAUGGUAUGGUAACUACAAUUUAGUUUUGCUCUCAGAGCUUUGAUUGGGAUGUACUCAUUUUUGCAUCCUGAUUUUAAAUAGAAAAAAAUACUUUUUUAUAUGCAACUUAAAAAAUCUUGUUUGCAAUCAAUGGCCUACAUUUGGGGGAGUAUUUUGUUUUACAGUCUAACAUAGAAAAUGUUGAUUUUAAAAGGAAACUAAAGGUUUUCUGACAACUCUGAAGAGGUGUACUCAUUUAUGCUAAGCACUGUACAUGGUCGUGUUUUUGUUUCAUCAGAAGAACCGUCACACAAGCUUGUGAUGCAGAUUAAACAUAUCAUCUGACAUCGACCAAAAUAGUUGUUUACCUGUGAGUAAGUUGAUUUGUAUUUAUUAGUACAGUUAACUCGUUAUACCCCUGUGACGAGAGAGCAGAAAACAGACUCAAAGAUCAAAACUAUAAAAUAUAGUGUUACUGAAACUUUUAAAUGUUUCUUAGCAUUUUAAAUACACUGCAUUUAGCCGGUAUGCUGCAGAGAGGACAAAAUAAACAACACUAGUUUUUUUUUUUACUAUCAUGUAUAACGCAGGAUUUUUUGCAGAUGUAUUCAAAGUCAUUUUACUGACAUAAAGUUCAUGUUUAUCAUUCGUCUCUGCACGCCUGCGUCUCUCCCACUGUGCUGAAAAAACUUGUGAUCAGAAGUGAUGAAUGUAACUAAGAUCUGGAACAAAGGGAGGGUGUGUUUAACUGACCAUACAAGACCAAACGAGGAAGACACAGCUGGACGCACAAAACCGUUCAGUCUCAAUUAUUAGAUUUUUUGGAUUGUGGGAAGUCACAGAGGGGGGCAGCUUUCUGAUUAGGAUUGCAGAAGAAAAUAUCCUUAAAGAUCCCUUUAACAGUGAAGUGAUUUUCCUCUUUUUAAUAUCAACAUUUGUCUCAGAUAUCUCACUCUAUUUCCAUCCUCUCUGAGGACUAAAGUGAGACUCAGGUUCACCUCUGCAGCCUAAAAUAGAGAAUCUCCUGCUAGAAGCCCUUUAAACUUUAUAACAGCACAGAAAUAUUUUCAUUUUGCAGCUGAUGAAUAUUUAAGGACCGCACAAAAACCGUCCCACGCUAAGUGGCGUCUUUUUUGACGUCACUCUGAACACGUAUAAAAAAUUCAAAGAGUCUGAUAAAGUCUCCUCAAAAACGGCGUGUUGUUAUUGUUGGUGUUGUGUCAGCUUCUACAGUAGAAAACUCUCUAAAUCAGGUCUUUUCUGCUCUGUUGAUAAAAGGUGUCUCAGAGACGUUUAAAGACUGCAGCAUGGACAUGAAAAGGGGGGGGGGGUGGUGAAGAUGGAUGGAGGGGGCAGGAGAGAGAAAGAGAGAGAGGGAGGAGAGUUAUAGUAGGACACUGGCAUUUGUCCUUGAUUAUGUGUGUGCGAGUGCUGAGACCCGCCUUACGCAGCAGCAGACAUGUGACGCUCACACACGACGGCUAAAUUAAGAAGAAAAGGUGAUCCACUUUUUGUGAACGGUCGACGCUCCGGCGCUAUGACGUGAUCGCUCUCUCCUCCUCCUCCUCCCCCCUCCUUCCUUUCCUCCCUCCUGGUUUCACAUCAGCCUCACAUCAGUGCGGUGAGCAGCAUGUGAGGCACACGCACGCUCCAGCCCAGGGCUAACAGGCUAUCACCGCUAACGGCAGAAAUAGAGCGAGGAGCAGCUUGAGGAGAGCAGUGAUGAUGAGAGUGUCUAAAGUCAGGCUUUGGAGUAAACUCACGCUGAUGUGGACUGGUUGGGUUUUAGCAGAGGAGAUGACGAGGUAAGAAAGAAGCAUCUUUUCAUACUUCUGAACACCCAGAGUUUGUGUUUGAAUCCUGAGGACUGCUCUCUGUUUGUUGUGGUUGUUCUUAAUCCAUGCCGAUAUUACAAAUCCCUUUUUUGACGAGAUUUAAAGGAGAGUUAUUGAACCUCAUUUUGCAGAGACUGUUGAAGUGCAGCAGUAUAUCAGCGCUGAACUUAAAACAAGGUCCCUGCAGAAUAGUUGAAGUAGAUUGCCUCCAGGUCUUGAUGACUUUUUUGUGCCUUGUCAUCCUUUCCUUGCAAAACAAGGUGAACAGCUUCUCCUUGUAGUGAUGCUGUGGGACUAACAAUAUGCUCCCACCAAUUAGAAGUAAAAUUUAUGUGUUUUGGGGCUUUAUUUUUAUGUACUUUUAUGUAAAAAACAGGUGCAGAAAGUUUUGAAUUUCUCUGAUAGGUAUAUAUAAGUGAUUCGUUUUGCAGCAGACAGACUCAGACUUGGAUUUCAUCAUCUGAACAAACCGGAGACAGACAUUUUUGUGAUUUUUCUUGUCCUACCUGAAACAGAUGUCUCAUUUCCUUCUAUAAAGCCACAAACCUCCAUCAUCAGAACACAGUAGUGUCAUGUCUGCAGCUGCACUCAUGAAGCAUUCAACAUUUUAGACCGGGGGGGUGGGUGAUGUGACCCAAAGUUUACAUCGGUGUAUGUUUUUGGUGAUUAAAUGGUAUCAUGCAUGUUCGCUCUCUUUGACCCUCUUCACUUCUAACUACGUCGUACUUUUGAUAUAAAUCUGUGUGAUCUGAAUUUUUGUCUCUCUGCUGCUCCCUUGUUUCUAAAUUUAUACACCCUCUUCAUUCAAUAGUUCUUAGAACUCCUAUGAGGAGCUUUUGGCGCCCCCUGUGGACAAAGUGAUACCACUUACGUAUUUUCUGAUCUGAAACUUUCAUGUCUGACGUCGUUUAACUUUGUCAUCUUUUUGCUUUUGUUUGUCGUAGCGAGGCGUCUCUGGACAUUUCAGUCUAACCCGGUUAAAAAUUUUAGGUUAGAAAUAAAGAACCGUAUUUUCUGGACUAUAAAUCGCACCAGACGAAAAAUCCAUAUUGAAGAAGGAAAACCAUAUACUGGUAUAAGUCACAUUUUUUGAGUGGAAAUUUAUUUCACAAAAUCCAAGAUCAAGAAUAGACAUAUCAUCUUCAAAGGCAAGUUAUGAUAAUAAACUAGCCAUCUAGCUUUUAGCCCACGUUUAGCUUUUUUUGUUUUCUUUAUUGCAGUAAGAGUAACCUCCACUUUUCACCAGUCCCUCACAAGUUUCUCGCUCACUCCAAACCCUCUCUCUGCUGCUUGAUUGACAUUUUCAGCUGCAUAUUUCACUACUUGCAGCUUGUAAUCUGCAGAAUAUGAUUUUCUUUUUGGUGGCAUUUGUGCUCAGUUUUCCUCAGUUGUCGAUAUGAGUUAACGUUAAUUUUAAAAUCUUUAGUGAAACAGGAGUAGCAGGUACUGGUACACCAGCCUAGAGUGCCCUCUAGCAGCUGUCAGUGUGAAAAUAACAAAUGUGUGAAAUUAUACAUUUUAAUAUAUAUAAGUCGCACCUGAGUGUAAGUCGCAAACCCAGCCAAACUAUGGAAAGAUUUGUGAGUCAUAGUCAGUAAAAUACGGUAUUUUAAAAUAUUUAUUCUGGGGUUUCUGAAGAGUUUCCUGUUAAUCAGAUGUGUUCAGAAACAUCUCUACCAUGAGACAUUGUCACAUACACAGUCAUGGAAAUUUCCAGGAUAUUUCAGGACAGUUGUUUUUCCUUUACAAUGUAAAGUUUUCCCUGUCAGGCAGCAGGGGGCGCUCUCAUGAGAUGGACAAAGAAAGCAGCUGUAGUUGUUCUGUAAUAUUUACAGAAUAUCCAAGAAAGUGGGUGAAGCACAGACUGAUAGGAUGACUGUUUUUUCUUUCCUGCCUGUUAUUAGACACUUCAUUCAUGCUUCAUUAUGUGGACUAUUGCUGCGUUCGAGUCAGAUAUCAGAGCUGAAAAUGACAUCACACCUGAAUUCCUAGCGUUUCACUUACCAAGUCUGAAAAAAGCAAAAUCAGAAGCCUGAAACAAGAUGGCUACAUCUACAAAAAGUUAUUUUAGCGCUUGCCCAGUCCUUGCUUAUAUUCAAACAAGGCAAGUGCUAAAAUAACUUUGGUAGAUGUAGCCAUCUUGUUUCAGGCUUCUGAUUUUGCUUUUUUCAGACUUGGUAACUGAAACGCUGGGAACGUCAUUUUCAUCUCCGACGUCUGACUUCCAAGGUAACUCAAACGCAGCAUAGGAUCACACCUCUGAUUGCUCAUUCAUGGUGAAUUUUCAUGAUGUUUACGUUGACAUUUUCACAUCAGCUCACCUGACUUUGUGAAGGAAUUUCACUGGAGAGCUGUCAGGAAAAAAAAAAAAAGCUGUAAAGUCAGGGUGAAACGUUCAAAGUUCAGCUCAGCCUGAAAUUUUAGGGAAAUUUCUGGAAUUUUCAGGAGUUAGAGGAUUAAAUCUUUCCCCAACCAGAUGAGCCAAUUUGAUUAAACAGAAAACAAUUUAUUAUAAGAACAAAAACAAAUUCAGUUUGAUGAGAUUUGAAGUUAAUUUAAUUUGGUUUGAUUGAGUUUCGUUUAGAUAGAGUGAGUGUCGCUCUCUCUUUAGUGCUGGCUGCCAGCAGCGAUUAAACGGGCUCUAAGUGUCGUGAUAACUGAGACGUUUCUAUGCCAUCGCUGGAAUAAAGGAGGCGGGCUGCUCCCAAGUGAAGUUAUUCGUCCUUCAAAAUAAGUCCACAUGACUUGAACUCUGAGGAGGAAAAUGAGCUACACCUAAACUAACAAUCUAUGUGAAAGGUAAAAGGUCAACAUCCAAGAUUGAAGAGGCUGGUUUUCAGAGAUAUCUCAGGAGAACCUCAGUCUAGUGGACCAGAGCUCUGGAACCGGUCCAUGUUUACUGUCUGUAUAACACUUUCACUGAUUCAGAGAGGCGAGGACUAAUCUUAGUAAGAGACCCUGAUCCUGUAAGAGGAAAAAACACAUUAAGAGGUCGUGUGUUUUAUAAGGUGGAUGUGUCCCAGAGGAUUCAGGACUGGCACUCAUCCAAAACUUUGUCUACCUUUGACUCAUACAGACCUUAGACUAUAAAAAGGGGGCUGCAGGUUUAAAGAAAAACCAGAUCCUUCCUCAUCAGUGGUCUGAGUUAUUAUAAUACCUUCGCUGUGUGCUCCUCCCCGUGCUUUUGUCAGCCACGCUGUAGUCGUUGUCGGUACACAACAGAUCGAUAAAGAUCUAUGAUGCUUAAUCAAUAUAAUGUAGACGAGAGCCACCUCAGCACUCUGUGAGAGUGGAGCCGGAAAAACCUCUCAGUCCACAGCAGCUCACUCUCCUGGAGGCAACAACUCAUGUCUGCCCUGUAACCUUCACUCUACGUGACGUAGAGGAAGUAAGAGGAGGAGGAGAAGGAGGAGGAGACCAAGCUGCCAUUCACUUAUUAAAAAAGCCUUAUCCAUAAAUCUGUGAUCAAACUACAUGAAACUCUGCGAGUGAGGCAGGGAUUCACAGCUCCAAACACAAAUGAGUCAUUGUAGUAAUAACAGUGACUGCCUCGUGGUCACUUAAACAUGCGUGCAGGAGUCCUCUGAGCUCGUACAGUCAUGCUCUUCAUACUAUCAUCAUCAUCAUCAUCAUUGUGGUCAGUAUUUCUCCAGGCGCUCUGUUAAUUUCAGAUAUAAUCAGUCAGAGAAACUUCUUCAUCAUCACGUCUGUUUUCAUCUGAAAUAUCAGAGUCCAUCAAGCAUCAGGACUCUAGAGCCGAAAACAUACAGGAUCCGUAUUGAGUGCUUUCCAUAUUUGCUCCAUAGAGCAGCUCUGGGUAUCUCAUACAGGAUCAGUGUAUUUGGAGCGUAGCAGCAGCGUAGUUCAGCCCCGGUCAGCUGGGCUCAGUGUAGAGGAAACAACAUGUUCACAACAUGUCUUUUUUGCUUUCUGUGAUCGGUUUCCUGAUAAUUUGGAUAUAAUUUAGUGACUGUUGAGCCUCUACUGUAUGUGAAAAAGCUUUAAGUGAUUUUAAAGUUUGUGUUUUUGCAGGUUUACUCAUGUUUAAUAAAGUAAACUAUGUUCCUUUAUGCUGUGCUGUUACCUUCAGACAGAGUUAGCAGUUCGAAGUCCUGUUGGGGUCCACAUAGAUCAGGGAUUGACCAUCGGAUUGUUCUGUGUUACUGAUAAAUCCAGAACCAGAACUAUUUCUCAUCAACACAAACUGAUACACAGUCGGGAGUUUGCAUAUGGUGUUUUAUUUUGAAAUACCUGAUGACAUCUGCAGUUUUCCUGCUUGACUUCCUGUCUCGAACGAUCUUCUCUGUGUGGUUUGAUGCACAUUGGAAGUGUAGAGCAGCAAAAAUAGACUCGUCGCGUAUCUUUAGCAGUGCUGCUCUUGAUACGAUGCUGCGACGGAGCUGAUGCACGUCCUGUAUGCUUUGCUGCAUUGAUUAGAAUGGAAACCUAUUCACUGCGUGAUACGCGAUACUCCAAAUACGCAUCCUGUAUGUUUAAGCCCUAAUAAUGGUGUGUUUAAUCCAGGGUCAGGCUUCGGCUUUUUAGUCCGAACACAGAGGUUCAGUUCUUACCUGCAUUAGUCAGUGUUUCAGGAUCAGCAUGAAUCAAACUCAGCCUGCAGUCAGUGUUUUAUUGAGGCCAGGAGCUCAGUGAGUGGACCGUGGGAGGGGAAGAGGGCAGGAGGGCUGAAGGACGAUGAAACACCUUUUCAGAGAAGUGGAGACAGGGACACGCUAACCUGGUUUUUGUCUCAUGAUGCUCCUGCGGGAAGGCCAGUCUAGCAAGAGGAAACAUAACAGAAAAACACAUUUGUUAUUAUGUAUUUUUGCUGAAAGUGCUGUUGUAUGAGCCAUUUUAUCUAUAUUUUUGGGGUUUUGUUUUGUUACUCAUACAAUCACCACAAGGGCCACUUCAGGUGAAUGGGCAGGUAAAUGCUACAAAAGCAGUGAUCUGGGGAACAGGAAGAGCACACGGUUUUUACCGCUAAUCUCCGACACCUCUCUCACCCUCAUCAUGUACAUCACCAUCGUUGUAAGUUAGACGCAGCUGUCUUUUUUUGUUUGUUUUUCAUUGAAUCAAUAAAUAGCAAAAUAUAACUCAACAACAACCUUGGAUUGUACUAGAAGCACGUCAAAAACACCUCAAUCCCACACCCAGACAGUGACUAAAAUUCAGGUCAGCAUAGUCACUACAGCUGUGAUGCAGUUUCUAAACCGGCCGUUAGUUUUUUUCCUCGGCUCAGGACCAGAUAUUUAACUCCUCUUCUGCAGGGUUUUACCCUCAUUUUGAUUUUCUGAUGAUGAUGACCUCAACUAUUUUUUAUUAUGAAGGAAACUACAAUAUUUUUGACCUCUAGGAGGUGCUGUAGGACAGGUGAACUCAUCUGAGAGCUGAUCCUUAGGUUGAGGACAUGAACUGAAGAUUCAAACCCCUCUGUCUGCGGCAUGUUCCUCCUUACAGCCCAGGCCCUGGAGCGGAUGAUGAGUCCUGCCGGUCCCAGUCCAAACCCCAACGUUCCCUCUGAGUACUGCAGCACCAUCCCCCCUCUGCAGCAGGCUCGAGCCGCCGGCACCCUGAACUCUCCUCCGCCCACCGUCAUGGUUCCCGUGUCUGUUCUCAAACACCCAAACAACGACAGUACGACCAUUCCUGAAAAUUGAUGACACACUCAUUUCCCUUCUGUUUGCUUCCACGGACCGUACCCUUGACAAGACCUGUGUGUGUUUGUGUGUGUUAUCAGGCUGUCCUCGUGAACAGAAGCGCGUCUGGUUCGCUGAUGGUAUCCUGCCGAACGGCGAGGUCGCAGACACGACGAAGCUGUCGGUGACGAGCCGCAGGAGCUCGCAGGAGUUCAGCGUGUCUCCAGACCAAACAUCAGUAAGACAUAAAAACCUGAUCCGUGAUUUUAAUAUCAAAUAAACGAUGUACGAAGACUGACUCUGACCAUCUCUGACCGUCUCUGCAGCCCGGCUCAGCAGGGUCGGAGGUAGGGGUCUCCUCCCCCGAGGCCUCUGGGACAGUGGAGGCGAUUCGACCGCCUGUAUCUGGUCCCUGGGAUUACGCUCUGCUCGCUGGGAUCAGUUCUUCAGUGAGGAGGGUUCCCAGUCUGCUGCCGGAGAACGAGGACGAGCUCCCUCCUCUGCUCAUCACCACCGGAGAGGACGAAGCUGGAGGUGAGGGUCUGAUGAAGUUUUAGUCCAGAAAGGUCUUUACUUUGAAUCUUGUUUUGGGGUGGGGGGUCCUAGCUGUGCCCUGAACCUCCUCCAGCAGGUUGAUGGUUCAGCUGGUGUUUCUGUGUUUUUCCCUUCAGAUGUUUUAGUCGAAGAAAGUCCGGCUCCAUGUCAGAUCCUGCACUUAUUAGAGGAGGGGGGACCCCGACCUCUGACCUUUGUCUUAAACGCCAACCUGCUCAUCAACGUGAAACUGGUCACAUGUGAGUGGAGAAAACCUCUGACUUCAAGAUUCAUCAAACCCACUGACUAAAAACUCAACUCUGUUAACCCUUUGUGUGUUUCUGUGUCAGAUGGCGGUCGGCAGUGCUGGUGUUUCGGUUCUAACGGUCUGCAGGCUCUGGGCCAGAAGGAGGUGGUCUUCCUGUUGGAGUGUCUGCCAGAAGAAAAGUCUCUCCCCAAAGACCUCUUCACGCUUUAUCUCAACAUUUUCCAGGAAGCCCAAAAAGGUGGAGAAGACCACUCUAACAUGUCUUCUGUCAUUUUGCUGCUUCUGUUUGGAGGGAAAAUUGAGUCCUGGUCUUGUUUUGUAGGGAAGUUCCAGGAGGAGCUGGAUAACGUAACCUUCACGAGCAGUUUCCUGGGCAGUAAAGACCACGCCGGGAUGCUCUUCUUCUCUCCUACCUGUCAGCCUCUAGAUGGCCUCACUCUCCCACAGCAGCCCUUCCUGUUCGGCCUGCUCAUCCAGAAACUGGAGGUCCCCUGGGCAAAAGUCUUCCCCCUCAGGCUGCUGCUGCGGCUCGGCGCUGAAUACAGUGGUCAGUGAAGCUCUCAUCUUUGAGACAAACUUGAUGAGUAAAAAGAUUUUAGUCCAAUAAUCUGAUCGUCUUCUUUGUUUUUUUUUAACAGAAAAUGACCUGAAUUUAAGUUUAACCUUUAUUUUAACUUGUUUAAUCUUGUGUGGCUGUAAAUUAGGAAGUUUAGAAAGUUGUAAUCAUGUUUGUUUUUCCAGUUAUUUGAUGCUGUGAUGGUUUAUGUUUUCUCUUCUACAGUUUAUCCCACGACGUUGACGAGUGUUCGUUUUCGGGACUCUGUGUAUCGAGAGACAGGACACACCAUCAUGAAUCUGCUUGCUGUGAGUGUUUGAGUUCAAAAGAGGCAGAAAGAUGUGAUCAGUUAUCAAGAUCAGUAAAAAAAAAAACAACGUAGAGGUUAUAUGAAGUGGUCUGGAUCUGCUCUGAGAAACCCAUAGUGAGGAGAGCAGCAGCAGAGACACCCAGACUCCAGACCAGAGCAGAUGUAGUUGUUGUUUUCAUGAUGCAAAAUAAGACUUUGACUCAAGACGAGUCAGCAAGAGUCCUCCUAUUUGAGUUUGACUUAAUUCUGUGGAGAAUAAAGCUGAGUGGAGCAUGCAUCAUAAACUGGAUUUUUUUUUUUAACUUUCUUUUUAUUAGAUUUUCAAUUUUUUUUAACACAACAAAUAAACAAGCAUAUAAACAAAGAACCAUAAAACAGAAAGUAAAUCAAGAGUACAACUGGACAGACAGGUUGAUCUGGUUGACAUGUGUCAUAAAAUAGUGCAAAUUGGAAUAAUCACUCACACAAGCAAAGAGUUACACAUUGAAGAAUAUGAAGUCCAUCUUUCCAAGAACUUUGUAUACUUAUCGAUCUGUAGUCUUAGGGAGAAGGUCAGUUUUUCCAUGCUUUGAAUUUCGUUAUCAUCUGCUGGAUUGAACAAGAUUGUAUAAUUUCUGUAUACUCUGUAAAUGUUGUACAUGUGGCGGGUAGAGCAGCAGUAAAGACUCCACGAUCCAAAACAGAGUAGGGAUGAGGGACUCAGGUGAAACCCGACAAAAUAAGAGGAGUGGUUUGCAGACGAGGCAGGAAUUGGAGGUGCUAAUUGGAUGCAUAAAAAGCCUGGUGUGCAGAUCAUCUGAUUAACUUCCUGAAUUAACACUUUGCUUAAUUUAUACAUUUAUUUUUUGCUCUUGAUCCAAUUAAAACCCUGAUCCACCUAGUUAUUUAUAGUCUCUGGGAAGGCCUGAAUCUUGUGGUUUGUUCUCUACCUUCAGAUUAUUUCUGACUGUUAAAUACAGUUAAUCUUUUUUAAGAGGAAGCAGGACUCGGUCUCAGGGUGCAGAUUUAAAAAACAGAGUCAGAUCCUUAAAUGUUGUUUAAGAUCAGAAACAGCUGUCAGAUAGCCACUGUGGAAACAAAGACCAAAAUAAAUCUGAAACCUUUAGUGUGUAUCGCAGCUUUCACUUUAUUGAUCAUCAGGUCUUUAAAGAUAUAAAUACGCUGUUUGGUGUUCGACGUUUCCUGUAGUUUUUCUGGGCUUCUUGUUUCUUGAUUUUAAAAAUACCAUAAAAACACUUAAAAUAACAUCAGAGGCAUAAAAACAUAGAGAUAAACUGUUUAGGACUUUGACUGACAUGACUGAAUUUUAAAAAGGGAACUGUCUCCCCACAGGACCUGAGGAACUACCAGUACAGUCUGUCGGUGGUGGAGGGCCUGAGGAUCCACAUGGAGAUGGGCCACAGUUACAUCGACAUCCCCAAAAGCAGCUUCAACGAGGUUGGAGAGAAAUAAGGAGGAGAAAACUCUCUUCCUCACACAUGAAAAUGGAAAACCUAGAAUUGAGAGGAAGUCUGUUAGAGUCAGACGGGAUGAUAUCUGCACUGAGAGUUUGUAAAAUCACAUUACAGAGAUAUAAACAGAGAGAGAUACAAGCAGAUAUACUGUAUGUCAUCAUCUCCAUCAUCUAAAAACUAUGACAGAAUUUUGGUUUUAGAGCUGGAGAGGAGAAGACCAGCAUAAUGGGAUGAGGUUAAAUCUAAGAUCUCAAGAAGGAACUCUGCAGUCUGUGAAAAAUCAACGUCUGCGUGUGUUUUUCAGAUGCAGAAGGUUGUAAACGCGUCGAACGAGCACGUCAUCAGUAUCGGCGCUCGCUUCAGUGCGGAGGCCGACUCUCACCUGGUGUGUUUCCAGAACGAGGAAGGGAACUACCAGACACAGGCCAACAGCAUGCCGGGGAAAACUCGCACAGGUGAGUCAUCAUCACUUCUUCUGCAGACCCGUCUUUCCUCUGUUUGUAGUGAAAUGAAAGAAGCCUCCUCCUCCGCAGCUCUCUCUGUGAUUACAUGAGGAUUUCUUCAUGACUCUGUUUGGUAUAAAUAUUUCACCCUCAGCUGAUCUGUGUUUGUUUCAGUAACCGGAGCCAGUUUUGUGGUCUUUAACGGAGCCCUAAAAGCCUCCUCAGGCUUCAUCGCCAAGUCCAGCAUUGUCGAAGGUGAAGUGAGCUACUAGGUUUUCACUCAUCAUCCUUCAGAUCAGAGCUCUGCAGGAUCUGAACUUUGUUUUUGUGUAUCAGACGGGCUGAUGGUGCAAAUCCCUCCCGAGACGAUGGAGUCUCUGCGCUCGGCUCUGAGGGAUCAGACGGACUUCCACAUCCCCUGCGGCAGGAACGACGGCGGGGAGCUGCGAGAAAACGUCACUGUCCGCUGGGUCGAGUGGAGUUCACCUGUCAACACAGGGUAACGACAUAAUCCCUCACGCAAACGCAUUCCAACACAACUAUUUACUCCCGAUUGUGAAACCUGUCCUCUGUGUCACCGUCAGACCACACAUGUUCUCCAGUCAAUCUCAAACACAGAGUAAAGCUCAGUCAGUCAAAUCAGACAGGAUUGGUCAAAAACGUCAACAGAGUGUUUAACACAGAUCUGUUUUUCAAACAAUCGUUAAAUAGUUCUCACUGAUUAUCCAGUAUUUGUAUUUUCUCUCUCCAUGUGUCUGUGAUGUCCUGUGCGGUAAAACCUGAUCACUCAGGUGGGGUAGGCAGGAAUCCGUUAAAGAAGCAUCUUUUUUUCUGGUGCAUACACAAAAAAGCUUUUAAUAUCAGUGGAUAGAUAACAGUUAUUGAUGACAUUUGGUUAUAUAACAAAAUCGCUGUGUUUUGUUAUGUCUGUGUAGUCAACAUUUUAAAUUUUUUGAGCGCUUCGCUUUUUCUGUGUUGUGAGGCACGCUUCACGUCCUCGAUUAACGUUCACGAGCCCAAACAAAGUUAGCGUGCUACAAUAUCAGACAGUAGAAACCAACCAGAAAGUACGGAAAACAAAGUAAAUACCGGAGACUCUGGCAGAAUAACGGGCGCUUGAAAUGGAGGUAGACCGCACAAGAGCUAAUAAGCUGGGUCAACAUCAGCAUGAACGUUUCAGGGACGCUCCGGGAUCUUGGUGACCCUGUAACCUUUCUGCUGGACAGGUAAACUGCUUUAACAAAGUAAGCCAAGUGCCUGUAACAGAAGUGUUUCUUGUCAAACAGGACCUGCUGCGUGUCGUAGCGCCGCUAAACUGUUGACCUCUGGUCCUGGACUAUGUCACUUUAUCCUAGUUGUAGAAGUCCUGCAAACAUUGUGUUUGCUGGUAGUCUGUUGGCAUCUACAGUAGCACCAAUGCUGUUUACUUUCACAUUGACUGGGCCCCAUUUGUAAUUAUCUGAAGGAUUUAUCUGCAUUAUAUCUGAAUUUAAGUGGAACAAUACAAACAAGCAAGAACGUCUGUUUGUAGGCGGAGAGGAGGAGCUGAGGGGAAAACUGGUUGGGAGGAGUAGAGUUUACAUUCAAGAUUUCUCCCACUGGAACUUCCUCAGAUCCUGACUACCCCACCUUUAAAUUAGAUUUCUAAAUUAGACUUUGAAUCUCUUUAAAAACUUUUACUUUCAUUUACCGAGGUCUUAAACCUUUGUCUGCACUUUGACUGAUCCAUGUCUAGUAGCUCUGUCAGUAAAAUCAGAUUUUCACCUCACGAUUAUCUUAGAUGUGAAAUUUCACAGGGACAAUAUUAUCAGGAUAUUUAUGGAAAACUGACAAACCAAUGCUUUAAAAAUUACUGUCUUAUAAUAUGAUAAAUAUCCUGAAAUCGUCCGUUCUGCUUCUGUGACUUGUUUCAUAAGUUUCAUAAGUUUAAAUUUUUGCUUUAAAAGAAGAUAAGAUGUUCCUUUAAUAGUCCCACACAAGGAUAUUCCAAAAUGACAGUGGCAUGGUAUAGAUACAAAAAGAGAAAAAUUAAAAGAUAAAGAAACUUUGAGUUAAAACAAGAUAUGUGCAUGUGUCGUCCUUACAUCUGUACAGAUCAUUUUACUUUAGACCAUUUUUUCGUGGCUUUAAUCGGUGAGGAUCGAUGAAAGCAGAAACGAAGAGACAAUUCUUAAGUUUGUAAAAGAGCUUUGAAACUCUGGACAUAUUGUUUAUUUAAUUAUAAUAUUUGAGGGUAAAACUAGUUUAAGUGUGACUCACAUGUAUUAAUAACUGUUAUUCUGCUGUGAUUUGAUGUUAAAGGGUCUGCAGGAACUCUGUGAAAAUCUCUAAACAGAGAAAUCAACAGGGUUAAAAAAAACUGUCCUAAAAAACUUGGUGCUCGGCCUCUGAGGAAAAGUCUUCAGGGUUGAGUUUAAUCUACGAUCACUGAACGGUCAAAAACAUCCUUAGAUCUCGUUUCUGUCUCUGCUCCUCUACAGAAGAACCAGUGGAGUAGACGGGAGGCCUCUAGAUGGAGUCCGCAGUGUGAAGGUGCAGCAGGACACUGAGUUUGAGUCAGACGGACGCUCCAUCAAAUGCACAGAGGUGAGUUUCCUGAUUCUGUCCUCGGUCUUCAGCAACCCGGCGGCGGAGGUGUCUAAAAGUGUGGGACCUUCUCCGCAGGUCUUCUACCAGCUCAAGUCUCCGGACUGCAGCCUGGCAUCGGUGCUGUCGUCCUGCAGCGUGUUUCAGAAGGAGAUGGCUUUAGCCGCCUGCAGCGCUCUGACUCCUCACCUCGCUGUCCUUACCUCUAGCGGCAUCAACUCGCUGACUCUGCGGAUCUCCACACAGGCUGAUAUGGUAGAAAGAGCUCUUCCUUCUCACUCAUGCUGCCUGUAGAUAACUCACUGACUCUGGAUGCUCUUUGUGUGUCGACCCUCAGGUGGAGUACCAGGCGGGCUCCGGAGGAAAACUCCUCCCUCAGCGCUACAUGAACGAGCUGGACAGCGCCCUGAUCCCCGUCAUUCACGGAGGAAGUGCGAGUGUCCCUCAGACUGCCAUGGACAUGGAGUUCAUCUUCUACAUCACACACACCAUCUAAAGCAGACUUGAACUCAAACUGGAGGGAGAGGAGCUGUGGACUGAAGCAGCUCAUGACGAGCGGCUGCCGGCUCCACGUCCCGCUCUGAAGGUUCGGGAUAUGAACUGAGAUUAUUCUGGUUUUCUGUUCAGGAAAGACUGACGCCUGUCUGUGUGUUUUCAUGCUCACCAAAGCUGCUUUAACACGAGAAGAAGAAGCCAAACACUAAACAAGGAAUACGACGACACGACGACCAAAUACAAGCAAACUCUUCAAGGGUUUUUUCUUCUGCUCUGCCUUCCAGGCUCCCGCUGGUCUGCUGUCUCAGCUCGGAGCUCCUCAGUGAAUGUUCCCCUCAGACACUCGGGCUAAAACGUCUCUCCUCAUUGGAUGUAUUUAUUCUAUUUUAAUAUGGGCUUAUUGAAUGAAACGAUGACAUUAAAGCACGGGACGAGACUGACUGCAGUUUUCAGUACUUCAGAGGUGCUAACGUAAAGCUACUUCACACACAAACACAGAAUCAUUUCCCCUCAUGGUACUCUGCUUUGAUUUGUCCGUUCAUUCUGACACAGGGCCUCAUGCAGGAGCGCAGGAGACAGACUAUAAACAUGAACAACACAGUUCCAUCUCCUUAAAUGUAAACGAAGUGAAGCCAAAAAAUUCUCUUGUGAGAUUAAAUCACAUUCAAAGUGGUGCUAAAAUCAUGAGAACUGGAGAGGAAGGGGUGAGUGACAGACUUGCAUCGUUUGUGCAUUUCAGCAGAUCAAAUUUCAAACUCUUAAUAAGUCAAACUCAGCUCCUCACUCAGGUCAGUGAAGUUUAAGCGACUAUCCAAACAUGAAUUCAGAGUUUGGAGCUUUUUUCAGCAUCUUUUCACUCGUCUUUGCACUCAAUUAAAUCUGUUUGUUCUCACAGCGUGCACAUCAAAUUUUUUUCUCGUUCUUGAUUCCAGCGAAGAAAAUACAGAUUAUUGUCCUGCAUGAGGCCCAACUUUGUGUCAGACGGAUUCAUGAUUUAAAUUAAAAACAAGUUAGUGUACUCACAAGGACAGGUCUUCUGAUCUGGUGGAUUUUAGAAGAAUUCGCUCUAGAGAUCCAGUCCUGAUCAAACUCACGCUCACUUUCCUCACCGUUCCUCUCCGUCAGAGAACUUUCCAAAAUGCAGAACAAACUUCUGAGCUGAACCGGAGCAGGAUUGCAGUAUUCUGUGCAGUGAAAAUCAUCACACUGAUUUCAUGUCUCCAGCUUUAAAGGCACUUUAAAAGGUUAAGAGCUUCAGUGUUUGGGAGUGGUAGCAGGGAGACCUCACCCUUUUUUCCCUCACCAGCUUCUUCUUGUCUUCUUCACAGAUCUUAAAGCUUUGUUAGGACUGCUUGAUUGAUCCUCUGAGAGUUGCAGUUAAAGGUCAGACUUCAGAGCCCAGAGAGGGUCCAACCCCCCACAGGUUAGCAUGUACUGUUAAAACCCGCUUUGUGCAGUGUUCCACACAUCUCGUCCCCGUCAGUCGCUUCGUCCAAACGUACGCAUAGAGGUUCUGUUUUUUUUGUUCGGUCCUUUUAAUAUCGAAGAGUUAUUUUUGGAGUCAUUGGUAUAAAAGUUUUAACAAACAGAAUCAGAGUUCAUAUUUUUGAUAGGACAUCAGCUGCGUUCACUUUGCAGGUUGUGUAGCAAGUUCCCCCAAGCACUUAGAGGAGGAAAAAAGAAAUCCAAUUCAUUGUUUUGUGGCAAAUAAAAAAAAUACGUCUGCAAAAAAAUGCAUGCAUGAAGAUGAAUGUGCAGGAAAAAAUCUAAACAGAAUGAAGCCAGACAUCAGUUUUCACCUGUCGUCAAGACAAAAUGAUUUAUCCAUCAUGUAUGUGACGUAAGAGUGUUUAACUUUCCUUAAGGGGUGAAAAGCAACUUAAAGGUCUGAGGCGGUCGAUUUUCGAUUUUGGGCACAAUAAAAAAUACAAAAAGUUCAAUUUUGAUAAAAUAUUCUAAUUUUCAGGGCUCUGGUCAGCCUCUGCUCCUGACAGUCACCCUGAUUGUUCUCCUUCCGGGUAAAAAGUUAGGAUUAGUCUUAAAAAAUAUUUAAAAUUGGAUCAAAAUUAAAAUUUUUAUGUAGAUUAAAUACUUUAUUACCACUGGCUGUAUAUAAGGCUGGACGACGUGUCUCCAAGUGAAGCCAAAAUACCCUUGUGAAGGGUAACAUCCGACUUUAGUGAUGUCUGAGCACUUAUGUUUGGUAGUCCUUUGACGUUGUGUCCCUGCAUUUAAUCAGAACAAACAUUCGCCUUCCUGAUACUUGUUUUUUCUUUGUGCCAAAUCCCUAAUUAAAACUCAACUUCUCCAAAAAUAAACAUGAAGACGUUUAUCUGCAUGACAAAAACAAACUAAAAUGACAGAAAUCGCUUUUUAAAAUUCUCUAGUUGACGUGUAGUUUGAUUUUCUAGUUUAACUUGUGUCCCAUCUGUUUACAUGGAGGAGGCAGGCUUUGUGUGCUGUACUUCAGGAGGAGCUCUAAAUAUUUCGGCUUCACUUUUGAGGAGCUGCCGUGCCGUCCAUAUUUGUAUACAGUCUUAGAUGGUAUAUUGUAGUUAAAAGCAGAUACAGCAAGAUAAUGGGCGUUUAUUAGAGGCAAAGUUUCUGAACUACAUUUCCCUCCAUUAACAUUUUUUUAUUCUGUUCUGACUUAUCCAGUCAACAGCCUCCGGGAUUUAUCAGUGGCCUAAAGUGGUUAUAAUUCUUCAUUUACACACUAGGAAACACUUAAAUCUGCUUACAACGACGUUAUAAUCCGUUUUUAAUUGAAAGUAUAUCCAUAUCGUCCUGGUCCAACGAUCGUCCUAUUUAUUUACGUCUCUCUUGGAGCUGCUGUAGUAAACACGGGGGCCUGUUUGAAGAGGAUAUCUGAUACCAAACGAGGGGAAAGUUAACAGAUUUCACCUGUAACAUGCAUGGACAGCUUCUCUGCAGCUCAUUUAUCUCUACAGACCAGGUUAUAUUUGCAUUACUCAAACUUUGGAUUGUUUGGAAAGUGAAAUCUUUACUGCCUGUCAGGGCGGUUAUAUUUUGGAAAGAUGAAUUAUUUUCUUUCUAGGAUGAUUAAAAACAACUACUCACAAUGUCCAGAAGUACUUUUAUGCUCUAACUUUACUUUUUUUUGACAUAUUGUUUUGUGUAAAUCAUCUAUUUAUUCAUAAGCACCAGCUCUAUUUGGUGAACCUGGUAUCUGGGUCCUGAUCCGUUUCUGAAUAGCUCAUGUAUUUAAAGAAUAAAAUGAGUUUUAUGAAGGAAACAUC